AUGGCUCGAAGGUACAGCAGUGAACUUUUAAUUUUUGCAUAUUCUUUAUACAUGAAGUCCUCAUCAUGUUAUUCUUCGUUGUACGACAGCGGUUUAUUGUCAAUGCCAUCAACCGAUCAUUUAGGUAAAAUUACAAGCAUUCUGAAUCUCGACAAUUCGUUACAAAAUGAGAAUACAAAAAAAUACAUGAGUGAAAAAUUCAACAAAUUGAACGAUGAAAAUAGAAUUGUAAAUCUACUAAUUGAUGAAAUCUAUGUAAAGAAAUCAAUCGCUUAUAAAGGGAAAUCAAUAUCAGGUUUUGCAGAAAAUAAAUCCGAUACUGAAGCUACAACUGUACAAGCUUUCAUGAUAAGCUCUAUUUAUUCAUCUUAUAAAGAAACUGUUGCCUUAGUUCCUGUUAAUAAUAUGAAUGCAGAUUAUUUAUGCUGCCUGACCCGCAAAGCUCUUCAUAUUCUGAAUGAAGCAGGAUUUUCAGUUGUUUCGAUGAUUUCUGAUAACAACAGAAUAAACAGGAACAUGUUUCAGAAGUUAGGUCAUAAACAAAUGUCAACUCAUGUCUGCAACCCUGCAAAUAACGAGAAAAAAUUAUUCUUACUUUUUGAUUCGGUACACCUUUUGAAAUCAAUAAGAAAUAAUUGGAUUAAUCAGUUAGACACCCAAAAAACAUUUUGUUGUCCUGAUUUUGAUGAUCCAUCAAAAUGUAUAAUUCCUAAAUUUUCGCAUCUAAGGAAUAUAUAUCAUAAGGAGAAGACCUCAAUUGUGAAAAUGGGCCAUAAACUUUCAUUCAAAAGUUUAUAUCCUUCAAGUUUAGAAAAACAAAAUGUGAAGUUUGCUGUAAAUAUUUUUCAUGAGAGUAAUGAUGCUGCUCUUCAAUUAUUGGGAAAGAAACACUGCAUUGAUAAUUGGCAGGAUACGGUAAAAUUUUUGCAAAUUAUCAGAAAAUGGUGGAACAUUAUGAAUGUGAGCCACCUAAACAAAAGCCUUUAUAUAAAAUGUGAAGACAGCAAAGCAUUUACUGCACCUGAUGAUAAAAGAUUCAGGUUUUUGGGAAAAAUUCUGUUGUUGGCUUGA